UCCUAUCGUAUCUCGUAAGUCGAAAUUUCGUAAGUCGUACACGGGAGGAAGGAGAGAAGUUCCCCGGGAUCGGAGUAUCCAUUUCUUCCGCAGUCGUCUUCAUUUCUGCCGUUCAACUGCCGUCCUCGAUUUCUCGACGAUCAAUAACCUGGCGCUCAGAGUUUCUCAAUUGUAGUUCAAUUUGGUCCGCCUCAACUUUCCAGCAAUUACACAUUUUCAGAACAAUCUCAGUUUAUUUCGUUGUUCCAGCAGGAUUUAAGUUUGUUGCAGCCACUGUCUACGAAAACGACGCAGAGCUGCCAUCGGCGAGGUAGCUUGCCUUGUUGAUCUCCAAGUCGAAGUUCGAUUUUCCCAGGGAGAAGUAUUUUUUGAGCCUCUGUGCACGAAGAAAUGUAUGAUAAUAUAGGAGCACAGCCUGGGGUACCAAGGCCCCCCUUAAACCCUCAAGCCAAUCCAUUUGGGAAUGCAUUCUAUGGAGCUGGUUCAGGACUCAUCCGAGGUGGAUUGGGUGCAUAUGGUGAGAAAAUCCUGGGUUCAAGCUCAGAAAAUGUACAAAGCAUUAUAAGCAGGUAUUUCUCUGAUCCCCAGUACUAUUUCCAAGUGAAUGACCAGUAUGUGAGGAACAAAUUGAAGGUCAUUCUAUUUCCGUUCCUACACAGGGGGCACUGGACAAGGAUAACCGAACCAGUUGGGGGCAGGCUUUCUUAUAAACCUCCAAUCUAUGACAUAAAUGCUCCAGAUUUGUACAUUCCCUUAAUGGCAUUUGGUACCUAUGUGGUUCUUGCUGGUUUCUCGCUGGGACUCAAUGGGAGGUUUAGCCCGGAAGCUUUAAGUUUGCUUUUUACAAAAGGACUACUAGGCUGGUUUUUACAAGUUGUGCUUCUUAAAGCUUCACUCUAUUCAUUGGGGAGUGGGGAGGCACCUUUGCUGGACAUUGUGGCAUAUGGUGGUUAUGCUUUUACAGGGAUGUGUGUGGCUGUUCUUGGGAGGAUCAUGUGGGGCUACUCAUACUAUUUCCUGAUGCCAUGGACGUGUUUGUGCAUGGGGAUCUUCUUGGUGAAGACAAUGAAGCGAGUUCUGUUUGCAGAGGUGAGGAGUUAUGAUUCAAGCAAGCAUCAUUAUCUCUUGCUUUUCAUGGCUAUGGUCCAGUUUCCAUUUUUUAUCUGGCUUGGCAACAUUGGGGCUUGAUUGACUCUACCGUUUUCUUUUCUCAUCUUCUUCUCUUAGUCUGGGCGUUUUUCUUGGGUUUUUCACAUGUGGAUGGAUUCGAUGUUUUCAUUUUUCUUGGUAGAGGCAAUCGAUGUUGCAUUCAUUCAAAUUCUGGGCCCGUAUGGGGCUUCUUAACAUCUUUGGUAAUGUGAAACCUUCUAGCUCAAGUUGGUCAUUAUGAAGUGAAUGAGUUGACCUCCUUGCAGCAUCACGUCCUCCUGUGUCUUGGGACGGCUUGGCUAUUAAUGGAAGAACACGUGACUGGACAAUGUAUGCUCUUAAAGAAUUGUAUCUGGAUUCAGGACCAAUUCUAAUAGUAACCUUCGAUUCUUAUUUUCAAAUCUA